AUGAGAUCCAGCUCCUCAGCGGACAGCCAGGUGACCCACACGGGCAGGGAGGUGAAGGAGGUGCGGGCAUUGAUGAUUGACAUGGGCACGGGCUACAUCAAGGCUGGCUUCGCUGGCCAGUCCAAGCCGGCGGUCACCGUCUCGUCCAUUGUGGGCAGACCAAUGCAGCGCACCGCCAAGACCGGGGACAACCGUCAGGAGAACUUCGUGGGCAGGGAGCUGACGGCUCCCGCCGAGCUGCGCCUGAUCAACCCUUUCCGCCACGGCAUCGUGGUGGAUUGGGACGGCGUUGAGGCCGUUCUAGGCUACGUCCUAGAGAAGGAGCUGCUGGUGAAGCCGGAGGACCACGCCGUGAUGGUGGCCGACCCGCCACUCAGUCCCGUGACCAACAGGGAGAAGAUGGCCGAGCUCCUCUUCGAGACCUUCAGCAUUCCCGCCAUGCACAUCACUAGACAGUCGAUGCUCUCCAUCUACGCUUACGGUUGCAUCUCGGGGCUGGUGGUGGAAAGCGGCCACGGAUACUCUAGCGUGGUGCCUAUUCACGAAGGCUACAUCAUGCCCCACAUCACCACCACCGUGGACUACGCUGGCAACGACCUGACCAAGCACUUGAUGAAGCUCCUCAAUCAGAACGGCCACAUGUUGAGUACCAACGACUACCAACUGGUGGAGCAUAUCAAACAAGAGUAUUGCUAUACUGCCAUUGACUUUGAGGCAGAGCUUCAUGGAGAGCCCAAGGAAUCUUCAAUGCACUUUGAGCUGCCUGAUGGCAAAGUGAUCACUAUUGGCAAGGAGAAGAUUAAGUGCCCCGAAGCCCUCUUUAAUCCAACGCUCAUGGGUUCCAGGGAGCCUGGGCUCCAAACGAUAGCUUUGAAUGUCAUCAACAAAUGUGACAGCUCGCUCCUGGAGGAGAUGUGCAAGAACAUCGUACUCUGUGGUGGCUCCACCAUGUUCUCUGGCUUCCGUGUCCGUUUCCAGAAGGAACUGAGGAAACUGGCGCAGGAUAUGAACCCGCAGGUCCAGGCAAUUCCCGAGAGGAGAUAUUCUGUUUGGUACGGAGGAUCGAUUUUAUGCUGUCUCAAAUCCUUCCAACAGCUCUGGGUCAGCAAGAAGGAUUAUGAUGAGCGCGGACCAAUAGCAGUCUAUCGCAAAUGUUUCUGA